AUGCGUGGCCUGCAUGCUGCCAACCACGAUAUUGCAAAUAUGCAUGACGAAAGUACAGAUGUAACAAAUGGAUGUGGCAAAAUCCGAACUGGUACUCAGAAUGAGGCUGCCUUAUUAGCUUUGAUGGAAAAGACUGGCUACAGCAUGGUUCAAGAAAAUGGACAAAGAAAAUUUGGUGGUCCUCCACCAGGUUGGGAAGGUCCUCCCCCACCUCGUGGCUGUGAAGUUUUUGUGGGAAAGAUUCCUCGUGAUAUGUAUGAAGAUGAAUUAGUCCCUGUUUUUGAGAGAGCUGGGAAGAUUUAUGAAUUCAGAUUGAUGAUGGAAUUUAGUGGUGAGAAUCGAGGAUAUGCCUUUGUGAUGUACACAACUAAAGAAGAAGCCCAGCUGGCUAUCAGGAUCCUUAAUAAUUAUGAAAUUCGUCCAGGAAAAUUUAUUGGUGUCUGUGUAAGCUUAGACAACUGCAGAUUAUUUAUUGGAGCUAUUCCAAAAGAGAAAAAGAAAGAAGAAAUCUUGGAUGAAAUGAAGAAAGUUACAGAAGGAGUGGUUGAUGUUAUUGUUUAUCCAAGUGCUACUGAUAAAACUAAAAACCGUGGCUUUGCCUUUGUAGAAUAUGAGUCUCACAGAGCGGCUGCUAUGGCUAGAAGAAAACUAAUUCCAGGAACGUUCCAGCUAUGGGGACAUACUAUUCAAGUAGACUGGGCAGACCCAGAGAAAGAAGUGGAUGAAGAAACAAUGCAGAGGGUUAAAGUGUUGUAUGUAAGAAACUUAAUGAUCUCUACUACAGAGGAUGCAAUUAAAGCUGAAUUUAACAAAUUUAAGCCAGGAGCAGUUGAACGUGUAAAGAAACUGAGAGACUAUGCUUUUGUUCAUUUUUUCAACCGAGAGGAUGCAGUUGCAGCUAUGUCAAUUAUGAAUGGAAAAUGCAUUGAUGGUGCUAGUAUUGAGGUAACACUGGCAAAACCUGUAAACAAAGAAAGCACUUGGAGACAGCAUCUUAAUGGUCAAAUUAGUCCCAAUUCUGAAAAUAUUCUAGUUUUUGCUAACAAGGAAGAUGGUCAUCAAAAAUCAUUAGGAAAACCAGCAAAUCUUUCAAUUCGUCUUAAUGGUCAGCACAGUCCAAGCCCCCCUGAAAUUGAAAGGUGUACUUACCCAUUUUUUCCAGGGACAAAGCUUACUCCAAUUAGCAUGUAUUCUUUAAAAUCCAAUCAUUUCAGUUCUGCAGUAAUGCAUUUGGAUUAUUACUGCAACAAAAAUAACUGGGCACCACCAGAAUAUUAUUUAUAUUCAACAACAAGUCAGGAUGGAAAAGUUCUCUUGGUAUAUAAAAUAGUUAUUCCUACUAUUGCAAAUGGAUCCCAGAGUUAUUUUAUGCCAGACAAACUCUGCACAACAUUAGAAGAUGCAAAGGAAUUGGCAGCCCAAUUUACACUGCUACAUUUAGACUACAAUUUUCGUCGCAGCUCAGUAAAUAGCAUUUCCCCUGUUAGUGCCUCUCUCUCUUCUGGGACACCCAGCGUGCUUCCAUACACAUCAAGGCCUUAUUUUUAUCCAAGUUACCCCUUAUCACCAACAAUUCUGCUUGCUAAUGGCAGCCAUGUUGGACAGCGAGUAUAUAUCUCUAAUGAGGCCUCAUUCUUUUGA